GGCGGCGGCGAGCGGCGGCGCGGCCCCGCUGGACGGCGCGUCCCGCCGCGGCGCAGGAAAGCAGCUCCCGGCCGGCGCCUCGGGCGUGAAGUUUCCCCGGGGCUGGGGACGGAGGGGAGGGGGCAGCCGGAGCCGGGGCGCACUCAGCUGCCGGGCACCGGCCCAACCGGCAGGAGAAAGAUGAAGCAGUAAAUGAAGCAGUAACCUGCUCCGGACAGAGAGGACCUGCCAUUGCUGAGCGAGACCCACCUGCGCCAACAGCAGAGCCCCCGCAGCCCCCAGCCCUGCCCGCAGGCAGCACCAGCCUGGGCUCCUGCUCCACACGGGGCACGUCCCUGGGCAGGGGGCUCGGGAGAGCCAGCGUGGCUCAUUUCAAGGGGACAUGACCGAGAUGAGCAUGGUAAAGAGCCUAGAGCGGCUGGAGCAGCGGCUGGCUGUGAUGGUGGCUGCCCAGGAGACUUCUCAGGCCUGGUCUUCACUGGGAGAGGAGGGGCCGGCAACCAUGAAAAAUGACAAGAGCCAUGACCGGGAUGAGGCAGACUGCAGGGCAGAGCUGAUCCUCAUCAGCGGGGACUGCACUGACCCCACUAAGGACACAUCUGCCCUGGUUCUGGAGCCAAAUGGGAAGCCCAGCACUCCAGGUGCCGGGGGCCUGGGGCUGCCAUCUCUGAAGAACAACAAGAGGGUCAGCAAGGGAGACCUCUCCAAGGAGGACCUGUCCUGGCCACUUGCUCUUGCGGGGGCGCAGGAGGGGAGGCCCCGGGGCAGCGCCGGGUGGGAGAGCAGCCUCAGGCAGAAGCCCCCCGUCCGCCUCAUCUUCCAGGCAGGGCAGACCCGGCAAGAGAUGAGGAUCAAGGAAACAAACAGCGUGGAGACUCUCAAGGACCUGCCAACUCCCCUGCGGAGCUCCAGGCGGCGCUUGGCCACCUCCACCCCCGUGACCAUCGACCUGACGGAGGAGGACUCGCGGGACUCGUCCCAGAGCAGCAGCACCCUCUCGGGCAGCAGCUCCCAGGAGGGACAGAAUGGCUCUGCCGAGCUGGGGGCUGAGGAGCCGGAGAGCAGAGACUCGGGGAUGGCACUGGAGUACCAGGAUGGGAAAGAAUUUGGAAUUGGGGAGCUCGUCUGGGGAAAGAUCAAGGGUUUCUCCUGGUGGCCUGCGAUCGUCGUCUCCUACAGAGCCACGGCCAAGCGCCAGGCUGUCUCGGGCAUGCGGUGGGUGCAGUGGUUCGGAGAUGGGAAGUUCUCCGAGGUUUCUGCAGACAAGCUGGUGGGACUGAUGGCCUUUAGGCAGCAUUUCAAUUCUUCCACCUUUAAUAAGCUGGUCUCCUACCGACGAGCCAUAUACCAUGCCCUGGAGGUUGCCCGGAGCCGGUCGGGGAAGACGUUUUCAGCCACCCCCGGGGAGUCCCUGGAGGAGCAGCUGAAGCCCAUGAUCGACUGGGCGCUCACCGGCUUCAAACCCUUGGGUCUCAAGGGACUGCGACCACCCAAAGCCUCAGAGAAUGGGGCCCUGAGGAAUGGGACGGAGGAGGUGCUGUCCCUUGAGCAGUGCCCUCCCACCAAGAGACUGAAGACCAACCUCUGCAACAACAAGGAGCAGCGAGUAGAAGAGGACCAGACCCGAGCGCAAAUGGUUUCCGAAGUUACAAACAACAGUGGGAGUCUGGAAGACAGCUGUUUGUCCUGCGGGAGGAGAAACCCGGCCACCUUCCACCCGCUGUUCGAGGGGGGCCUCUGCCAGACGUGCAGGGAUAGAUUCCUGGAGCUCUUCUACAUGUAUGAUGAAGACGGCUACCAGUCCUACUGCACUGUCUGCUGCGAAGGCAAGGAGCUGCUGCUCUGCAGCAACACCAGCUGCUGCAGGUGCUUCUGUGUGGAAUGUCUGGAGGUGCUGGUGGGGCGAGGGACAUCGGCCAAGGCAAAAGAGCAGGAGCCCUGGAACUGCUACAUGUGCCAGCCCCAGAGGAGCUAUGGGGUGCUGCAGCGCCGGCAGGACUGGAACACUCGCCUGCAGGACUUCUUCACCAGCGACAAGGGACAGGAAUACGCUGCACCCAAAAUCUACCCAACAGUCCCGCCAGCGAAGAGGAGACCUAUUCGAGUGCUCUCUUUAUUUGAUGGCAUAGCAACAGGACAUGAAAGAGCGGCCACAUCGAGCUGUGCUGAUGAAGGAGACUGGGAGACUAAAGAGAGCACUGCAACCUCAGACCUCUGUCCCUUGGCAGGGUACCUGGUGCUGAAGGACUUGGGCAUCCAAGUGGAGAAGUACAUCGCCUCGGAGAUCUGCGAAGACCCCAUUGCUGUGGGUGACUUGCAGCAUGAGAGCAACAUCACCUAUGUGCACGAUGUCAGGAACAUAACCAAGAGAAAUAUCGAGGAGUGGGGUCCCUUUGACCUGGUGAUCGGUGGAAGCCCCUGUAAUGACCUCUCCCUUGUCAAUCCGGCCAGGAAGGGGCUGUAUGAAGGAACAGGGAGGCUGUUCUUCGAAUUUUACCACCUGCUCAACUACGCCCGUCCCAAGGCAGGAGAGGAGCGCCCCUUCUUCUGGAUGUUUGAGAACGUGGUGGCCAUGAGGGUCAAUGACAAGAGGGACAUUUCUCGCUUUCUGGAGUGUAACCCAGUUAUGAUUGAUGCUAUCAAGAUAUCAGCUGCCCACCGAGCACGCUAUUUCUGGGGCAACCUUCCGGGGAUGAACAGGAUCUUCGGCUUCCCCCUCCACUACACGGACGUCUCCAACAUGGGUCGCGGGUCUCGCCAGAAGCUGCUGGGGAAAUCGUGGAGCGUCCCCGUCAUCCGGCACCUCUUUUCCCCUCUCAAGGAUUACUUUGCCUGCGAAUAGCAAGCCGAGCGUCCCUCGUCUCUCUGGUAAAGAUGCACAGCUCCGCUGCCGUGGCGGGUUGAGGGAUGGGCACGGCCGCCGGACUCUGCCACCACGGCACCAUCCCUCCCCAGCCACGUGCUGCGGGAAGGCAGCCUGGCCCCGCAGGGAGAGCUGAGGAAAUGUCUUUAACCAAAGAACCUGGCAGGGUAACUUUUCUUUAAAGGGACUAACGGCAGUGAUAUGUAGAAAAAUGAUGGACAAAAGAGCUUUAAUUACCCGGCGCAGGAAGCUCUAUGCAUAACUGAUGAGACGAGAAGUCUCCUCCAGAGCAUUAAAUAUCCCGUUUUAGCCUAGAGCUGGAAAGUCACAACUUGCUGAGCAGUAAGUGUGGAGGCAGCUGCCGGGGUGCUGCGGGCAAACUUGAACUAUAGCGAAUUAUUGCUUUUCCUAAACAAACAAAACCUCUCUUGAAGCAACUGCCAAAAAUCCCCAAACUGUAGCAGCAGGUGUAAGGGACCCUGGUCAGGUUACAUACACUGAACAUGCAGGAUACAGAAACCAAAUCUUUUUUUUUAUUAUUAUUUUUUAUUUUUAAGAAUUUUUUGAUAAACUUUAAUUUUGUUGUUUAACGUCUAUUGCUGCUUUAAGGCAUUACAUAAGAAUGUGGAGAUUCCUAGACCUGAAUGUAGCUGAAACUGAACUGUGAGGUGAUAGAAUUACUUUUCUAGCUAGAACUAAAGAAAUAAUGUUUUAUACGUUUGGCUGUAGUUUACAAAUAUUCACUACUUCCUUUUUAAAGCAUCUAAAACUUUUCUUUACAUUUUAAAAAUCCUGCUGAGUGGUUUGAAAGCUUACACAGUAAUCAGAGCACGGAGGAUUUGGGCUCCAGUGUCCGUAAAGGAAAAUGUUCUCUGAGCAUUCAUUUCCCGAAUGAAUGCGGCGCGUCGGCAGGAAGGAUAGCGUAGUGGUCAAUGUCGUCUUCAAAAUACAGCCCCCUAAAACGUCACGUACAAUGUCACGAACCUGAGCAGUAUUGGCAGUGUGGUAGCUGUGGUGCAGGGGGUUCCUUGCAGGGAAAAUCCCACCCGGGGCUGUUGGGUCCGGGAGCGCAGCACCACUUGUGUCACCCCGCACCCAUCCUGCUCCGUGGGCAGAGGGAGCUGACCCCUGCGGCAGCACCCAGGUAGGAGAACUGCUGCUGUGGGGGGCUGUGUGUGUUUUGCCCCCUGCUGCAGGCACUGGGGGCUGUGCUGGGGUCCUGGGGGCUGUACCUCUCCCUCCCUGCGCACCCGUCUCCCCGUGCGUGACGUUGUGCGCAGAGGUGGGAUGCUGCUGGUGCUCCUUGCACACCCGACAGUGCCCUGGGGGGGCUCCUGGGCCUGUACCCCCAAACCAGGAGCUCCUGCUGCCACCGCUGUGUUCACUUUUCAUUGCUUUCCUCGGCUGCCUAACUUCUCCAGAGUGAUGAUCUCGCUGUCUGUGAGGUCCUGGGCACGCUGUUCCCAUGGCCAGUGGCCGGGCAGAGGCGGGUGCGUGUGUGGCAGAGCCCGUCCCUCUCCCCGAGGUUUUCUGUAGCCACAGGGCUGCUGUCCCUGCCGGCGUCUCCCGGGGAUUCUUUGACUCCAAUGCACAUUUCAAUGCACUGAAACGAUUUGUGACACGUACCCCUCGGUCCCUCCGUCCUCCCCCUACCUCUGCUGUUCACUACAACCCGUCGCCUGGGUCUGGCAGAGCCCUUGGCUGCCUUCUCAAAAUGAAUCAGGUCAACCCUCCGCCCGAUGCCAGGCUGCCUCGCGAGGUGUUGUACAGCAUCAGUGGGAAAUGAGAGCUUCUCUCCUGGCUCCUUCUACCUCUCUGAACACAUGGAGACCCCUCCUUGCGCCCCUCUCACAGGCGGUGGAGGACGGCAGCCUCCCUGGAGGAGGGAGCCUCCCAUUUUCCACUCUUCUUGCCGUGGAGCUGCUUGUGUGCAGGUUUCCACCUCAGCCCCAGGCUCUGGGGACCAUCUUCUCUCGCUCUCCAAUCCAAGGCUGCACUCGGGAAUGGGCAGGAAAGGGAAGCCCAGGUCAUUUAAAAGGCUUUUUUUCCACGAUCCUGCCCGGAGGUUACUCUAAAGUCUUCCCAGAGGGCUUUGUUCCCAAGCAAUGAGCAUUCGAGCUGCAUGCCUUAAUUAAGAAAAUGCUGGAGAAAGCCGAGUGGUCUCAUCCGUGUCACUGCUGGCAUCUGCAACGCUUGGGGACAAGUAUCAGCCUCUCGCCACCUUUAUCACCAGCUGAGAAGACAGCGGGGUGGGCUCCGCAGAUGCUGGAGUGUUUGGGAAGCCUGGCAUCGCCACCGCUGCAACGGCUGGUGUUGGACCCUUGGCCAACCUCCUUGGACCCGAGUCACCACAUUUAAUUCUUUCACCCAGCCCCAGCCACGGUCCCCGUACGGAGCCUGAUGCCAGGGGGACAGCCGUCCUCCGCCUUGGGAUCUUCUGAGGGUUUGUAUUUUUUCCAAACUGGGCGAAGAGGUAACCUACACUCCACGGCAUCUCAUAACUUCAUACUCCAGAUCUCCUAUCUUUUCCUAUUUCAUCAAAAGAAAAAUAGAAGAGAAUUUUAAAAAAAAAGGACUUGGGGAAAGUAAACAAAGAUAAAAGAGCAAUGAGAAUUGUCGUGUUUGAUACAGAUUGUAGUAGACAUGUCUUCCUUGAAAUAUUUUUCCCUGUAAAAGCUGCCUUUUAUUAUGUGUUGUAAGGAGAGGUAGAUUUCAGAAAUGCCUUUUUAAACACUUUUCAAAGGUUUCUAACUCUCCCUGGUGCUAUUUUUUUUUUAGGUUAAGGAUUUUUGUAUGUCAAAAGUCUUGCGGGUUUUUAUACAAUCUUUUAAAAACAAAAAAAAAUCACGUCGUUGUUUUGUUGGAACACGUUUCAUAUGCUUUUUGUAUCGGUGAGUGCGAAAACUUAAAAAAAAAUUGUGCCUUG